ACGAUAAAUACGUCUCACCCCUAGUUAGAAUUCAUAUUACCUCAAGUUUUUUUAUGUUAAUUUUUCGAAUUGAAAAAAUUCUGAGGUUGCCAUAAUCACUCUAAGAAUAUGAGAUCAGCAUACUUGUAUUAUGUUAAGUUAUUAUCAAAAUAUGAUUUUUUAUAACAAUAAAUAAUACUUAUUAAAAUGGAUGUUUUUUUGGAUAGCAAUAUUAAACGUGUCGGUACGAAUAUUCAACCUCAAGCGCGGAUCGUUAUUAACAAUGUUCUAACUUUUUUAUCGGAAUUAAAGGAAGAUCCCGAAAAAUUGAAAACUAUUAACUUUAAUCAAGCUCGUGACCUUACUGCCAAAAUUUGUGGAGUCAGCUUGGAAAUCAUUGGGGAUAUCAUACCCGAGUGCACUAAUGAAGGAACAGUUUAAGAUAAUUAUUUCACAUUUGUCUUAUGAAGUGUUUAUAACAUAAUAAUUAACAAUAGAUUUAUUACACCAUUACCUUAAAAUAAAUAAGGUUAAUUGUGAACAUUGAACCAAUAAUAUUAAUUAAAGUAAAUAAGUUAUUCUAUGUAUUUUCUAUGAAUGAGAAAAUACCACCAUGUUCAUAAAUCGUUCAAGUAUAAUUCUUACCUUAAGCAGGCAAGUUCUCAGGACAACAUUAGAUAGGAAACCAAACCAAGGCUUAAUUAGUAACAUUAGAUCAAGAACUUAUAUACUUGGAAUUGAGACAUCUUGUGAUGAUACAGGCUGUGCAAUACUAGAUACCAAUGGAAAUGUAAUAUCAGAAUCAAUACAUAACCAAAAUUUGUUACAUCUCCGUAAUGGAGGUAUCAUCCCCGAUGUUGCACAAGAUUUACAUAGAAGGUACAUAGAACCUACUGUUACCAAUACAUUAAAAGAAGCAAAUUUGACAAUGAAAGAAAUAAGUGCAAUAGCUGUGACAUUAGAACCGGGCUUGCCUCUUAGCCUUGCUAUUGGGAUGAAAUAUGCAAAACAUUUGGCGAGAAAAUUUGAUAAACCAAUAAUUCCUAUACAUCACAUGGAAGCACAUGCUUUAGUGGCAAGAAUGCAGCAACAUAUAUCAUUUCCGUUUUUAACAUUGCUCAUUUCUGGAGGUCAUUGUUUACUUGCAGUUGUUGAAGAUGUAAAAAAAUUUAAACUACUAGGAAAAAGUAUAGAUUCAGCGCCAGGAGAAUUAUUUGACAAAGUUGCCAGAAGAAUGAAAUUAAGAAAUUUAUUUGAAUAUUCUAAAAUAUGUGGAGGUCAAGCUAUUGAAUUGGCGGCCGCUAAAUCAUUAAAUCCGCACAUAUUUAAACUACCAUUACCUCUUGUAGACUACAAAGAUUGCAAUUUUAGUUUUAAUGGUCUUAAAACAGCAGCACUGCUACAGUUGCACAGAAAAGAAGAAGAGCAUAGGAUUGAAGGUGAUCAGUUGAUUCCGGAGUAUAAUGAUUUGUGUGCGGGAGUUUUGAUGGCUGUCACUAGACAUUUAGUUCAUAGAACUCAGAGAGCUAUGGAAUUUUGUAAGCAAUAUAAAAUGAUACCGGACGAGAAUGCUCAACUAGUUGUUUCUGGUGGUGUUGCUUGCAAUAAUUAUAUAUUUAAAAACUUAUCAGUACUAUGUGAGGAAAUGAAUUAUAAAAUAUAUAGACCAACACCAAAGCUAUGUAUGGAUAAUGGUAUAAUGAUAGCAUGGAAUGGGGUUGAGAAAUGGCGAAGAAGUCUCGAUAUCAACAUGGCUACAGACUUACAAUCACUUGAUAUUAGAGCAGAUAGCCCUUUAGGAGAAAAUUUAAUACCACUUGUAGAAAAAUCUAGAAUACGUAUAAAAUUAUUGAAAAUUAAAUUAGAUUUAUAACAUUAUUUUUAUUUAUAUAUUGUUACUAUUUACCAU